GAGAUGAUCUGUCCUAGAUGGAAAUAUGAAAUUUUUCAAAAUGAAAAGCAACUAACAACAGAAUGGGGGAAGGUGAAUGGCAGAUUUCUCUAUACGUUCCCCAUCCUGGGGAUUGGUUUACUUUAUUAGCAGAGAAGAUGGUUUCAUUUAAAGUCCUAGCAGUCCUGACUGUUCUUCUUGUUUUCUCUGAUACAGUCCAGUGGGUACAUGGAAGACCUGGGGAAACUACCAAGUGUCCACUAUCGAUUAAAGCACUAGAUGCUGUAAGAGGAAUCCCAGCAGGUAAGCUAGGCAUCAAGGUUUACAAGCAAAAGGAGGACAAGACCUGGGAUCUGCUUACUACGAGUGUAACAUCUGAAGACGGAGAAGCCCAUAAUCUCGUAAGCGAAGAACAAUUCGUUGAAGGAGUUUACAAGCUGGAACUUGCAACCAAGCGUUUUUGGACAAAGAUUGGACUUUCACCAUUCCAUGAAUAUGUUGAUGUGGUGUUUACUGCGAAUGACGCCGGCCACCGUCACUACACCAUUGCCGUGCUCCUCACUCCUUACUCCUUCUCCACAUCCGCUGUGGUCAGUGAAAUAAUGGAGGCCCACACAUAACUUAUGUACUGUCAUCACCGCUUAUCUCCACCUAUGUGCACAUUACAUUACAUUUUGUACGUAACUUUUUUUUGUUUCUGAAGAUAAUCUGAUGUCCAU